CAUGAAAGUUGAACAGUAUGUUCCAAAUUAAUAAUAAAAACUAAUCAUAUUAAUUUACUAAAGAACCACGUUUGAAACGUUAAGUGAAUUCGCUGCUUAUUCCAUUACCUACCUACAAGAGAAAGUGAAAACAAACUUUUGUUAAGUUCAUUUAUCACAAGUAUUCAUCAAAUCGCCACCGACUUCGUUGCUGAUAGUGUCUCGAUUAAAUCACGAUUUUUGUUUAGUGAUUUUGCAAAAUGUUGACUUUUUUUAUACUCACCGCAACUACUGUUGUGCUUUCGGAAGCUGCUCUAGACAUUAAUACAGUUCCUCCUUAUGUAAAGCAAUGCUACGAGGGUGAUCCCAAACUCAUCGAGUGUUUCGAAAGUGCAGUUCAUCAUCUAAGGCCGUAUUUAGCGACCGGUAUUCCAGAAAUAGAGUUACCAUCGGUGGAACCUUUCCUUAUGGACGAACUGUCUUUGUCUCUAACGACAGGACCCAACGGUUACAAAGUCUCAUUAAAAGAAAUUGAUAUUUUUGGAGCUAGUAAUUUCACACUAUCCAAGCUAAAAUUGAGCGAAAAUGGGAAACCGUUUGAAGCCAGAAUUAAUAUUCCUUUAUUGAGAAUCAACUCGAGAUACACCAGCAGUGGUGUACUCAUUAUUUUACCUGCUAGUGGAAACGGAACUUUUAACGCCCAGUUGGAGGACAUAAUCGCCGUGGUUAAAGGGAUGGUCAGUGUGCACAAGAGGGAGAAUUUGACGUUCCUUCAUGUCGAUUCCUUGAAUUUGGAUUUAACAGUGAAAAAUUUACACAUGUCUGUUAAAAAUAUCUACAAGAACAACCAAAUUUUAACCCAAGCAAUAAAUUUGUUUUUGAGAGAGAAUGGACAGGAAGUUUUUAAAGUGAUGAAGCCUCAGUUGCGGAAGAAACUAUCCACACUUUUUAUGAGCAUUACAAACAAGCUUUUAACACAUCUACCUGUUGAAGUAUUUUACGUACCGUUGUCUAGACAGUCAGAGAAAUCACCACAAUCACUCUAUUUCAUAAAGCAAUGUCAAAGAGACGAUCCAAAUAUAAAUGUUUGUUUGAAACAAUCCGCAAAUUUUCUUGUUGCGAAUAUGAAAAGAGGAAUUCCUGAACUGGGAAUAACGGAACCAGAACCAAUCAUCAUUGACGAAAUUGGAAUCGCUUUAGGAAGUGGACCUGAUGGAUAUAGGGCGUCGUUUAGAAACAUUCACGCUUAUGGGGUCAGUAACAUCACCGUAACAGGCGUUAGGUCAGAUGUAGACAGUAACCAGUUCCAGUUCACCCUGUAUAUUCCUAAAAUUUCCGCAAGAGCCAACUACGAAUCAAGUGGAGUCCUUAUUCUCGUUCAAGCUUCAGGGGGUGGCGAAUAUUGGGGGGAAUAUGAGGGGAUUAAAUGUAAAGUUUACAUAAGAGCAAGUCCCCACAGAAUUGGCCAACGCACAUUCCUGACUCUACAACAAAUCAAGAUGGAUUUUAGUGUGAAAGACAUUAGGAUGGGGGUGGAAAAUGUGCAUAAUGGCAACAGCGUGAUACAGGCAGCUUUAAAUUUGUUUAUCAACUCCAAUGCUCAAGAACUGCUCAAAGAAAUGAAACCAGAUCUCAAGAAAAAAUUGAUUGUUUUAAUGAGAAAUUUUUGCAACAUGCAUUUCCUCGAAUUAUUUUCACUAUUUAUUUGCAUUUUUCGGUCAACUGUCGCCGAGGAUUUGCCGUCCUUUAUUCACGUUUGCCACCGAAAUGACCCAAAUUUGGAACAGUGUUUAAUUGCCGCCGUGGAGGAUAUAAGGCCUUAUUUAGUUACAGGUAAAAUUUUAUUUAAUAUUUUUGAUUUCUGGUUAUUCUUUGAAGGUGUUGCGGAGUACAACAUUCCAAGCCUCGAACCAUUGAUUUUUCACGAUUUGAUAUCUGAGGAAGUAGCUGGGAUAAAAAUCGUCACUUCUAAUGUUAGUGCCUAUGGUUGCAGUGAUUUUUUUGUCAGAGAAUUAACCAUUGAAAAAGACUCGCACACUUACCACAUUCAUGUAGAUAUUCCCAAAUUGCGAAUUUUCGCUGACUAUACUGUCGAUGGAAAAUUACUCUUGCUUCCGAUCAAAGGAAAUGGAAAUAUGGAAGCAAACGUAACCGACUGCGUUUCAACUUGUAUUCUAAACGGCGAAUUAUAUGAGAAAAACGGUGAAACUUAUUUGAAGUUUAUUUCGAAUGAGCUAAAAGUUAAAAUAGGUGGUGGACAAGUCCAACUCGAUAAUUUAUUUAAUGGGGAUAAAGUGUUGUUGAAGGUGAUCAAUGAUAUUGUCAACAAAAAUUUGGACACUUUUCUUCAUGAAUUAAUGCCUGUGAUUGAAAAAGCUCUUUCUGGAAUAUUCUUAGAAAUCGGCAAUGACAUUGUUGGAUCCUUUACGUUUAAUCAGUUGUUUCCGCAAUAAAUGGAAGAUGAUACGAUAAUGCAGUACUUUGUAUACAACUAUUUGUGUAAAU